AGUCAAGGUUCUCUUCUGUGUUAAUUUCUACGUGCUUUGCUUGUUUGUGGAUUGCUCGUUCGUGCGUAUACACGUGUAUGGUUGUACAGGUUUUACGUAUUUACGUUCUUACAAAUGGAACGAAGAAGAGGAGUUAUGUUAAUUAAUAAACGCCAAGUCCGUUUUUGCGGUUAUGCGCUUCUCCUCUUAUGACUCAUCUUUUGACGGUGUAUACGCUACGGUAAAAUACACUUCGCUAGCUAUCUUCCACGGUUGCACGGCAGAACAGGGUUAUAGUUACCCUAGACCUAACAAUCCGCUAACACCAGGUGGUGAUCACGGCGGCAAACCGGGAGGUCCAGGUUUUCCUGGAACUCCCGGUGGAUCUCCAUCGCAUGGUGGUCCUGGAGGAUAUCCGUCACCCGGUGUUCCUGGAGGUCCAGGUGGAGACGAAGGACCUGGAGGAUAUCCUAGUGGGAAACCAAGUGCUCCUGGAGGAUCUGGUGGAUAUCCUGGUGGUGGACCAGGUGGAUCAGGAGGCCCGGGAGGGCCUGGAGGAUAUCCAACCGGUAAACCAAGUGGACCGGGUGGACCUGGAGGUCCUGGUAGUUAUCCUGGUGGCGGACCACAAGGACCUGGAGGACAUGGAGGCUAUCCUAGUGGAAGACCAGGAGGACCUGGUUUUACGGAAGGUCCAGGAGGUUAUCCUGGAGAUGGACAACAAGGACCAGGUGGACAUGGAGGUCCAGGAGGGUAUCCGAACGGAAGGCCUGGAGGUCCAGGAAGUCCUGGAGGAUAUCCCGGUGGAGGACCACAAGGUCCGAGUGGACCAGGAGGCCCAGGAGGACCAGGAGGGCCAGGAGGAUCUGGAGGAUAUCCUAGCAGUAGACCUGGAAGUCCGGGAGGUUAUCCCGGUGGUGGACCACAAGGCCCUGGAGGUCCAGGAGGUCCAGGAGGACCAGGAGGAUCAGGAGGAUAUCCUGGCGGUAGACCUGGAAGUCCAGGAAGUCCGGGAGGUUAUCCCGGUGGGGGACCUCAAGGUCCUGGAGGCCCAGGAGGUCCAGGAGGGCCAGGAGGUCCAGGAGGAUAUCCUAGCGGAAGACCUGGUGGCCCAGGAAGUCCUGGAGGUUAUCCCGGUGGAGGACCACAAGGUCCUGGUGGCCCAGGAGGUCCAGGAGGACCAGGAGGAUAUCCUGGCGGUAGACCUGGGAGUCCAGGAAGUCCAGGAGGUUAUCCCGGAGGAUAUCCUGGCGGUAGACCUGGGAGUCCAGGAAGUCCAGGAGGUUAUCCCGGUGGGGGACCACAAGGACCAGGAGGUCCUGGAGGACCAGGAGGACCAGGAGGAUAUCCUGGCGGUAGACCUGGCGGACCAGGAGGUACUGGAGGUUAUCCCGGCGGAGGUCUACAAGGCCCAGGUGGCCCAAGUGGACCAGGUGGUCCUGAAGGCCCACAAGUUCCGGGAGGACCUGGAGGUCCUGGUGGUCCUGGGAUUCCAGGUGGUUUUCCCGGCGUAGGUCCAAGUCCAGGUGGAAAUGAAGAGCCGUACGACGAAGGUGAUUACUCUGCUAUACCUGGCGAGCCCGGUCGUGAUUAUCCUAUAUAUUCUGAAGUUCCCGAAACAAGUUUCCGUUGUGAAGAUCAACAAUUUCCUGGGUAUUAUGCAGAUGUUGAAGCUCAGUGCCAAGUCUUCCAUAUUUGUGCCAAUAAUAAAACAUAUGACUUCCUUUGUCCGAAUGGAACUAUUUUCCAUCAACAAUAUUUUGUCUGUGUUUGGUGGAACCAAUUCGACUGUAGCACUGCUCCGAAUUUCUACUAUUUGAACGAAAAUAUUUAUGACUACAAUAUAAUGGGAGGUCCUGAAAUGUUUCCUGGUGGUCCUGGAGGCCCUGGAGGUUUUCCGGGCGGCUUCCCUGGCGGUGGACCUGGAGGACCUGGAGGUCCAGGAGGCUAUCCGGGCGGUAAGCCUGGAGGACCAGGAGGACCAGGAGGACAAGGUGGGCCAGGAGGACCUGGUGGAUAUCCUGGUGGUGGACCUGGAGGACCAGGAGGACCUGGUGGAUAUCCUGGUGGUGCACCUGGAGGACCAGGCGGACCAGGAGGACCAAAUGGUCCAGGAGGCUACCCUGGAGGGGGACCUGGAGGACCUGGUGGUCCAGGAGGGUAUCCAGGCGGUAAGCCAGGAGGACCAGGAGGACCAAGUGGUCCGGGAGGCUACCCUGGCGGUGGACCUGGAGGUCCAGGAGGCUAUCCAGGCGGUAAACCAGGAGGACCAGGAGGACCAGGAGGACCAGGAGGACCUGGAGGACCAGGAGGCUAUCCAGGCGGUAAACCAGGAGGACCGGGAGGAUCAGGGGGACCGGGAGGCCCAAGCGGUCCGGGAGGUUACCCUGGCGGUAAACCAGGAGGACCAGGAGGACCAGGAGGCCCAAGUGGUCCGGGAGGCUAUCCUGGUGGUGGACCUGGAGGUCCUGGGGGCUAUCCAGGUAAGCCAGGAGGACCAGGAGGACCAGGUGGGCCAGGAGGUUCAGGAAGUCCAGGAGGCUAUCCAGGUGGUAAACCAGGGGGACUGGGAGGACCAGGAGGACCUGGAGGCCCAAGUGGUCCGGGAGGUUACCCUGGCGGACCUGGAGGUCCAGGAGGCUAUCCCGGAGGAGGACAACAUGGUCCAGGUAGUCCAGGUGGACCAGGAGGUCCAGGAAGUCCAGGAGGCUAUCCAGGUGGUAAACCAGGAGGACCUGGAGGCCCAAGUGGUCCGGGAGGUUACCCUGGCGGACCUGGAGGACCAGGAGGACCAGGAGGUCCAGGAGCCUAUCCAGGCGUUAAACCAGGUGGACCGGGAGGACCAGGAGGACCUGAAGGCCCAAGUGGUCCGGGAGGUUACCCUGGCGGACCUGGAGGUCCAGGAGGCUAUCCCGGAGGAGGACCACAUGGUCCUGGUAGUCCAGGUGGACCAGGAGGAUCAGGAGGACCAGGAGGAUCAGGAGGGCCCGGAGCCUAUCCAGGCGUUAAACCAGGUGGACCGGGAGGACAAGGAGGACCUGGAGGUCCAAGUGGUCCAGGAGGUUACCCUGGCGGACCUGGAGGUCCAGGAGGCUAUCCUGGUGGAGGACCACAUGGUCCUGGUAGUCCAGGAGGGCCUGGUGGACAAAAUGGAAAACCUGGUGGAUAUCCAGGUGGUCCAGCAUACUUAGCACCUAAUGAACCUCAAGGACCAAGUGGUCCUGGUGGUCCAGGCGGUCAUGGAGGUCCGGGAGGACCAGGAUAUAGACCAGGUGGGCCAUCCUUUCCCAGUGGACCAUCAGGCCCAUCGAGACCUGGUGGUUUUCCUGACGAUAAACCGUCCUCAGGAGGAACGCCAUUCCCGCCUCAAGGGCCUUCAAAACCAGAUCGCGAAUACUUGCCACCUCGAGUCGGUUAAUCUUAUGAAUUUUUUAACUGCGUUAUUUUAGAAUUUAACGCCUAACAAUCGCCGUUGGUGAUACUUGAACCAUAUUGUAAAUACAAGCCUUCUUACUUUUUAGCUAAGUUAAGUAAUAUGGUAUUCAUUUCGAUGGAUAUUUCUUUCGUCGUUCAG